AUGGACGCCACUUAUAAGACCAACAAAUAUAGACAACCUCUGUUUGAAAUAGUUGGCAUGACAUCGACUGAGUUGACAUUUGCGGUUGCAUUUGCUUAUAUGGAGUGUGAGCAGACAGAGAGUUAUUGUUGGGUCUUGGAUAAGCUGAAGCAAUUGUUUGUGAAGAAAGAUGUGGUUCCACAAGUGAUUUUGACGGAUAGAGAUAUUGCUUUGAUGAAAGCAAUUGAAGUUGUUUUUCCUACGACGCAUAACUUGCUAUGUCGUUUUCACAUUAACAAAAAUGUUGGGAUGAAAUGCAAGGAAUAUGUGAUGAAAGACAUGCAAGAGACGAUAGGCACACUGUGGAAAGAUGUUGUAUGGGCUAGUAAUGAGGUUGAGUAUGGUGUACGGUUGCAAUAUCUUGAGCAAGCAUGCUUUGCUUGUAGUGACUUCCUCGAUUACGUGAAGAACACUUGGUUGAUCCCACAUAGGCAAAGAUUUGUAGGCGCAUGGAUUAAUCGAGUGCUUCAUUUUGGUAACACCACGACUAAUCGGGUUGAAUCUGCACAUUGGAAGCUAAAGCAGAUGAUAGGGAACAACCUUGGUGACAUGGUCAAAGUUUGGGAAGCUAUGAAUUCUAACCUAAAAAUACAAAUAGGUAACAUUCGUGCUUCGUUUCAAAAAAAAUUUUAUGAGGUUGAGCACGCACACAUUAGUCUAUUUUAUGAUAAUUUGCGUGGUUCAGUAUCGAGUGCAACUUUGAGACGAAUUGCAGAAGAGUUAUUGAGGCUUGAUUAUGUGUUAAAUAGUAGGGAAAUCUGUGGUUGUACUAUGAGAACAAGUUAUGGGCUACCUUGUGCUUGUGAGAUGGGAAUAUUGAUUGUUGUUGGAAUCCCAUUACAAAUAGAAAGUGUUCAUCUUCAAUGGAGGAUACUAUCUAUGGAAGGUGACUUGCCUUUAGAUGAGGAAGCUGGUUCGGAGGUGGAUAUGAGUAAUGCAAUUGAUAAAUUGUGGAGAAGGUUUAAAUCACUAGAUGUUGUUGGAAAAAGAGCAUUGAAAAGUAGGGUUUGUGAAAUUGCAUAUCCCACAACAACUUCAUUGUGUCCACCUCCUGAGAAAAUAAAAACUAAAGGCGGAGUGAAGAGGAAAGGGAAGAAACCAGUUAGGUAUGAUGUUUAUAGGGAUCCUUCAGGUUUUGAGUAUGCUGAUCAGGCGUCUCAAUCUUCACAAAAACAAUCGCAAGCAUCACAAACUUCCAGGAAGCAAUCACAGUCAAAGAAGCACUCACAAUCAAAGAACCAAGAUUUCACUCUUCAGUUUCCUUGUCAUAUUAGGCCAUAUAUUACCGAGAUUGUUAAUGUUGAAGCAGAUGGUAAUUGUGGAUUUAGAGCCAUUGCAUCAUUUCAUGGGUAUAGUGAGGAUGGUUGGGCAAUGGUUCGUCGUGACUUGGACAUGGAAUUAAGAGAAAAGAAGGACUUAUAUGAGAGAUUGUUCGGUCCAAUUUUAUCCAAAGUGAGAAAUGGAUUGUUGAUAGAUAAUGUUGGUUUUCAACCACCAGAGAAAUGGUUGUCACUACCAGAGAUGGGCUAUUUGAUAGCAAAUCGGUAUAACGUCAUUCUUGUGCAUUUAGGUAACCCUUGCUUGACUUUUUUUCCCAUGACAACAACAUUUUCUCCAAGUGCUCCUACAUAUUGCAUUGGCCUUGUCAACAAGAAUAAUUGGAUUCGGGUUAAUAUGAAAGAAGGCUUCCCACUGCCACCCGUCAUGUUAGAUUGGAUGAAGUUUCGUGAUCAAGCGGCGACAUCUUGGAUGUUAGGAUUUGCUGGACGUCUUCAACAUUGGCAACAUCUUACGCCUAUGUUACCAUCAAGUGUUAAUUUAGAUUAA